UCCCAUUUAGGCCGAAUACAUCAAGCAAUGGUAACAUCUUUAAAUGAAGAUAAUGAAAGUGUAACUGUUGAAUGGAUAGAAAAUGGAGAUACAAAAGGCAAAGAGAUUGACCUGGAGAGUAUCUUUUCACUUAACCCUGACCUUGUACCUGAUGAAGAAAUUGAGCCCAGUCCAGAAACACCUCCACCUCCAACAUCCUCAGCCAAAGUAAACAAAAUUGUAAAGAAUCGACGGACUGUGGCUUCUAUUAAGAAUGAGCCUCCUCCAAGAGAUAAUAGAGUGGUUGGUUCUGCACGUGCACGGCCUAGUCAGCUUCCUGAACAGUCUUCCUCUGCACAACAGAAUGGUAGUGUUUCAGAUAUAUCUCCAGUUCAAGCUGCAAAAAAGGAAUUUGGACCCCCUUCACGUAGAAAAUCUAAUUGUGUGAAAGAAGUAGAAAAAUUACAAGAAAAACGAGAAAAAAGGAGACUACAACAGCAAGAACUUAGAGAAAAGAGAGCCCAGGAUGUUGAUGCUACAAACCCAAAUUAUGAAAUUAUGUGUAUGAUCAGAGACUUCAGAGGAAGUUUGGAUUAUAGACCGUUAACAACAGCAGAUCCUAUUGAUGAACAUAGGAUAUGUGUUUGUGUAAGAAAACGACCACUCAAUAAAAAAGAAACACAAAUGAAAGAUCUUGAUGUAAUCACAAUCCCUAGUAAAGAUGUUGUGAUGGUACAUGAACCAAAACAAAAAGUAGAUUUAACAAGGUACCUAGAAAACCAAACGUUUCGUUUUGAUUAUGCCUUUGAUGACUCAGCUCCUAAUGAAAUGGUUUACAGGUUUACAGCUAGACCACUAGUGGAAACUAUAUUUGAAAGAGGAAUGGCUACAUGCUUUGCUUAUGGGCAGACUGGAAGUGGAAAAACUCAUACUAUGGGAGGUGACUUUUCGGGAAAGAAUCAAGAUUGUUCUAAAGGAAUUUAUGCAUUAGCAGCUCGAGAUGUCUUUUUAAUGCUAAAGAAACCAAACUACAAGAAGUUAGAACUUCAAGUAUAUGCAACCUUUUUUGAAAUUUAUAGUGGAAAGGUGUUUGACUUACUGAAUAGGAAAACAAAAUUAAGAGUGCUAGAAGAUGGAAAACAGCAGGUUCAAGUGGUUGGAUUACAGGAACGGGAGGUCAAAUGUGUUGAAGAUGUACUAAAACUCAUUGACAUAGGCAACAGUUGCAGAACAUCCGGUCAAACUUCUGCAAAUGCACAUUCAUCUCGGAGCCAUGCAGUGUUUCAGAUUAUUCUUAGAAGGAAAGGAAAACUACAUGGCAAAUUUUCUCUCAUCGAUUUGGCUGGAAAUGAAAGAGGAGCUGAUACUUCCAGUGCAGACAGGCAAACUAGGCUUGAAGGUGCUGAAAUUAACAAAAGCCUUUUAGCACUCAAGGAGUGCAUCAGAGCCUUAGGUAGAAAUAAACCUCACACUCCUUUUCGAGCAAGUAAACUUACUCAGGUGUUAAGAGAUUCAUUCAUAGGUGAAAACUCUCGUACCUGCAUGAUUGCCACAAUCUCUCCAGGAAUGGCAUCCUGUGAAAAUACUCUUAAUACAUUAAGAUAUGCAAAUAGAGUAAAGGAGUUUGGAAUUAGUCCAUCAGACAUUCCCUUCUCACAGGGUAGUGGCAGUCGCCCUGAUCUCUCUCCUUCUUAUGAGUAUGACGACUUUUCUCCUUCGAUUACCAGGGUGAAAGAACUGACUGUGGAUCCAGCUGCUGCUGGUGAUGUCCGUCCAAUAAUGCACCAUCCACCAAAUCAGAUCGAUGACUUAGAGGCGCAGUGGGGUGUGGGGAGUUCCCCUCAGAGAGAUGAUCUAAAACUUCUUUGUGAACAAAAUGAAGAGGAGGUUUCUCCACAGUUGUUUACUUUCCACGAAGCUGUCUCACAAAUGGUAGAAAUGGAAGAACAAGUUGUAGAAGAUCACAGGGCAGUGUUCCAGGAAUCUAUUCGAUGGCUAGAAGAUGAAAAGGCUCUCCUAGAAAUGACUGAAGAAGUCGACUAUGAUGUAGAUUCAUAUGCUACACAACUUGAAGCUAUUCUUGAGCAAAAAAUAGACAUUUUAACUGAGCUGCGGGAUAAAGUGAAAUCUUUUCGUGCAGCUCUGCAAGAAGAAGAACAGGCCAGCAAGCAAAUCAACCCGAAGAGACCCCGUGCCCUUUAAAUUGGCAUUUGCUGCUAAGGAUCCCCAGAACCCUCACUACUGUAACAUACAAUGAUUCAGCUGUAAGGGCCAUUUGAAAGUUUGAAAUUUUAAGUGUCUGUGGAAAAUGUCUUGUCCCUUCACCUGAAUGACAUUUCAAUUUUGUGAAACACUCCUUUGUCUACAAAAUGCUUCUAGUCCAGGAGGCACAACCAAGAUUUGGGAAUAGUGAAGCAUUUUGUUUCAUUAACCCAAAUAUUGAUUUACUUUUGGAGAUCCUUGCCAAUUUUAUUUUCUAUAUGAUGAAGUAAGAUUGUGGACUUGAUCCAGAGGUGAAUAGUGGGGGGAUGCCACAGCAUUUCCUGUUAACUCGGUUCGAUUUUUAUAGCAAGACUGAGCAGUUUUAACUCCUUUGCGUGCAUGCAUACCUCAUCAGUGAUUGUACAUACCUUGACCACUCCUAGAGACCGCUGUGCUCACCUCUCCCUGCUCUGUGCCUUGACUAAGGCUAUUGACCCUAAAUUUCUGAAGCACAGCCAAGAUAAAUUACAUUCCGUAUUUGUCCUUGUAAAUUACCUUUAUUGUGUGUACAUUUUUACUGUAUUUGAGACAUUUUUUGUGUGUGACUAGUUACUUUUGCAGAAUGUGCCAUACAUUGAAUGGAACUAAAGUCUGUGACAGUGGACAUAGCUGCUGGACCAUUCCAUCUUAUAUGUAAAGAAAUCUGGAAUUAUGAUUUUAAAACCAUAUAUGUGGUUAUAAUUUUCUUAGCAUUUCUUUGUAAAGAACUAAAAUAUAAACUAGUUGGUGUAUAAUAAAAAGUAAUGAAAUUCUGAGAAGAGUUUUAUCUUAGGAUAAUACAUAUAUGCAGUGUGUGUUCCAGUGUGGUAUUAACAAGACUAAUAGUGCAAUUUGAUCCUUACCAAUACCGUUACGUAAGUUGAAGCGUCCAUCGGCAUCCCAAAAUGUACCGUUUAAAUGUACUGCUAAAGGAAAUUGGCUUCUGAUGCAUGAACAUUUACAUGUACAUCGAAAGUAGUCUGUAAUAGAACUGUUAGUUUAAGCCAAGUGUAGACAGUACAUAACUCCCUUGAAAAAGAAUUAAGCUAAAAAAGAGUUGACUUUGCCUUAAAAGGCAGAUCUAACCUAGGCUCCAUCCAUUACCUAAUGUGUGAUGUUUCACCAUUAUUUGGUGAGAAUCACCAAAUUCUCACCAAUAAACUGAUCUAGGGUAUGCUACUUUUCAAAUGGUGGCACUUAUCUUUACAGAUUGCUACUCCGAGGAAGAAAACUGGCCACUUUUCAUGUACAUAUUUUGUUAAAAGAUUUAUAUUGCUCUCUAGGAGUUUUCCCUCAGUUCCCAGGAUGGAGUCCAAGAGUAGAUUAAAAACAACAAAAAGUCUCCCAAGGAUAUCUUGUUUGGAUUGACUCUAAGGAACUACAGCUCAUUCAUAUGGGCCCAAGGGAAGCUAUGAAUAGAGAGUCACAUGAGCCAGAUUCCUACUUCACUGUUCAUAGAACUCAGAGGGUAGUGGUGGGAAAUCCUAACACCAUGGUGAAAUGCUCCUCUGUAAACUUGAAAUCUAGAACAAAUGUAGAUUUUCACAAUGUGCUUAUUAAUAAAUGAAAUCUAUGGAAUGAGUUUUAGAGAUAAUUUACUUCAAUACAAUCACCUUUGUUUUGGAAGGGACUCAGGUUUUCUUGCAGCUGUAAGAUAUGUUCUAUUUGUGUUUAUUUCAAAGAGAAGAGGAACUGUUACUAUUGACCUUGCAGAGGCUUUUUAAAAAGGUAGAUUUUGAGGCUAACCAACCUUCAAAGGGCAAUAAAGAGUUGUGAACUUGCUCUUUUAAAGCACAACAGAUUAGUCUUAACUUAUUAUUUAAAUUAGAUGAGUACUAUCUCUGGAAGGUCUCCUUAUAUCCAAAUAUGCUGCUUUAUACUGUAAUGGCUUCAUUCUGAUCAGUAACCAAGGUAUAUAAAGAAUUGGUACCAGAAAAGAUCUUGGUAGUAUAAUCCAGUCCUUCAGUUUUACAGAUAGAUAGGCAAAACCGAAGGCCAGAAAAGGGACUAAAACUGAGCGGUUCAUAGGGGGAAAGGGAAAUAGAGGGAAUGCUAAAUUAAAUCUUAAAAUGUUGCUGUAAGGAUACAGACAGUACAAGUGAACUUUGCAAAGUAGUUUUGUGAUACUUAAAAAAAACUCUUAAUGUUUAUGUAACAAAAGUGGCUUGAUGCAGCUAUUAUUUAAAGAAUAAUUUUUUGGAUCUGGAUUAAACAUUAUUUACUUUCUCAGACUUGAAAGCUGAUAUCCCUCUUAAUAAGUAACUAAGAAAAUAUACAUUCUUUUAAUUAUAUAGGAAUGUUUUAAUACAUCACGACUUGAAGCCAGAUUUCAAAAAAAUCUGUUUAGGCAAACAAUUUAUCUUCCCUUCUAGGUUUACUCAGUGUACCUUUGUUAAAAUAAUUCAGAAACACUCCUGUUAAGUUAGGUAUAAAGAAAGGCAAAUAUCAAUAAAGAUUUUUUUAUUAAUUUCCUUAUAUAAAUAAUCAGCUCCUAUAAUUCUUAUUAAAGGACAUUAACAACAUUUAGUAUUAUAUUGAUAAUGAUUUAAACAUAGUAGCUAACUAAGACUUGUUUAUGACAUCUAUUAAAUUUUCAACCUGACAUUUUAAAAAUAGCUUCAAACUAAGCAUCAGGUAUAUGAAAAAGUACUGGAAAUUUUAACUAUCCAGAAGUCAGAUGGAUACUGGAAGCCUGUAGUUGUAGGAAAAUGGCUGGUUGGGUUUUUUUGUUUGUUUUGAAAUUGAAGGGCAGAGAUUUUCAUUUUAAGGCCAGUUUUGAUUUAUAAAAACUCUGAAAUUUUGUUAAACCUAUGACUAUCUCCCCAAGAAAAAACAAUCUUAUAGUUCAUUUCAUUCUAGUUGAGCAUCCUUGUUUCACAGGUAAGGAAUCAUGCCCAGAAGCGAUACGCCUGGCACCACAUAGUGGCAGCUGCAGACUCAGGCUUACCCAGAGCCCUGAUGUAGCCUGUGAUGCUACAGGAUAGCUGAUGGGGGAGGCAAUGACAGAAGUUGUAAAGGAUAAAAAGAGAAAGAAUGAGAGAAGCAAGAUAAAAACAUUUUAAGAAACAAUUGUUUUACUGCAUACAUGAAUAACAAGAAAUGGUAUGGGGAAUAUGUGACUAGCGUAUUGUAGCUUUUUUACUACUUGAGGGACAAAGGCCUAAAGAGCUGAAGGCCUAAAGAGGUCCUCACAGUAAUAUAUAAUAGAAAAUAGGAGAGUAACAUCUUUAUACAAUAAACUGUUAGAAAUGAUAAGUUUAAGUGUAAAGUUGUGCGUGUCUGCGGCUCUUGAACUUGAAGAUUAUCAUGUAUAGAUUGGACCCUGCCCUAUGUUCAAUUUUAAAAACAAACCAAAACCAAAAAAAAAAUUGGAGUACUUAGAAUUGACUGACUUACUACCUUGAAAAUUCAGAGUAAUAAAUGAUGACAACAGUAGUAUAAAUCAAAAAUAGUCAAGCACAUAGUGUCC